GCGAAGCGUUGGAUUUCCUAUUCCUUGGCAUUCCGGCGCCAUUAGUCAAGCCAAAAAUCGAUUGUCGAUUAUCAAACCCAUCCUAAACCUGAAGCUGGCGAUCUGCUACUAUGUUAGUCAUGUAACUUGCGAACACCAAACCAGAGUGCAACCGACACGUUUAAUGCACGUUGGACACCGAGCUGCGUAGAAAAUCUUCAGGGCAUGAAGAACGUGAUGGCACGCCGUAAAGCUGCGAAACAUUUGGACGCGGAGGUCGUGGAUAAAGCGGCGGAAGCCGGCGACGUUUCGCCCCCAAAGAAGAAAAAAACCGUGGCGAAGACAGCGAAUGAGGAGGAGAAGCCGAUGAGAUUGCCGAGGGCUGCGAAAUUGGCGAAGCCAGAAGAAACAGAGGAGACGGAGGUGACCUCGACGGUAACUAAGAACACGAAAACAAAAAAUAAAGCGGUCGUCAAAGAUGCUUCGGCGCCGACGAAAGUGAAUUCGAAAGCCAAAUCUGUGACGAAAAAGAGUAAGGAGAUAGAGGAGAAAGACGAUAAUAACGCGGAUGCAGCGAAAAAUUCCGAAGAGACAGAAGUGAAGAGGACACGUACGAAGGCUACCGCGAAAAAGGCGGGAAGCGAGCCGAUCGAAGAACCCAAAGGUAAAUCAAAAAGCAGAGCAAAGAAAGUAGCUAAUACUGAGAAUGUAGAAAAUUCUGAAGCACCGGUUGCUAAGAAGAAGAAACAAGCACAUGCUGAUACUACCCAGAAAGAAACUAAACCCAAAACAAACGCGAUAAAGAAGAAAACUGAUGCUGAAGAAAAGACCAAGACUACUAGCAGUAGGUCCAAAACAAACAGUAAGGUUAUCGAUGGUGAUAAACCAAAAAAAGCACCAGUAGCAAGAACGACGAGAGGUCGUAAAAAUGAAGCUAGUCCAGAGGAAGCACCAAAAGAUGAGGAUGAAAAUGGAAAAGAUGUCUCGUCUUCUUCAGAGCAAACACAUGGUGACGAUGCAGAAAUUCAAAACCAAGACGUCGAGAAUGAUCAACCCGAAUCAUUGGCUCCGACAGCGAAGAAAGGGAGGACUGUGAAGAAGAAGGAAACGGCACCAAAGAAGGUUUCCAAACCGCGUGGUAAAGCUAAAGAAUCCGCUGGUCUGCCAGCUGCCGCAAAGAAGACACGAAAGAAGAAAGGAGUAGCAGCAGAAGAAAACGGAGAAAAGUCUUCGGAUGAUGCAUUGGAAGAGGAAAAAAAGGUUCCUUGGGCCAUGCUAAACGAUGACGAUAUGCAAAAAUCGUCCGAUGAAGAUGACGCUGGAAAACCUGAUCUUAAUGCCACCAAAGUGAUUGGAAGUAAUACAAAAAUUGAUGAGACAGGUAUAGAUAUCAAGAAGAAUCCGAAUGAAGUUGAGGAAAUAAGUGCACCCGAAUCAGAAAAUUAACGACGAAUAUUCUAUUUUUAAUUAAUACGUUUCUUAUUAUAUUUUUAUAUAUCAUUAAUAUUUUAAUAUAUUUGAUAAAGACGAAAAUGUCUAUGGAUAUCCGGGUUUACUCCAUAGAAACAAAAAAAGGAAAGAAAAAAAAAUAGAAAGAGAAGAUUCCAUAAAUCAUAAAACAUCAGUAAUAUAUUUUGGUCGCGUUACUGUUCUAAGAACGAACAUACAUAUUUAUUUUUUUCAAAGCACUGCACAUACCAGAGAAUAAAAAAAUUCUUUUGUUAGUAUGUGAUUCCGCAGGACAUUUUUAUAAGCGACACACAUCGUAAUAUAUUUAAUAAUUUCAUUACAUUCAAGGUAGUUUAUAUUUUAGACAGGAGAAAAACAGUGGCUAGUGUAGGGUGUCGAGCAUUCCGUCUUUGAUUAAAGUCAUUUUUAACAUUGGAAUGUCACACUAGAAAAGUAUAAUAUAAGAAGGUUUGUCAACUUUUUUAUUACGUUUAAAAACUUGGUGUAUGUCGUAAGUUUAGAUGUAGGAAGAGAUUCACAAAACAAUUUGUACAUAAUUAUACUUUCCAUUAAAUUGACAUACACUACAUUCAGACUAACACACUUCUAAUGUUUUUCGUAACACUAAACCAACAGAUUGUAAGUUUCUCUUAAAGCAAGUAGUUUGGAGAUAGAUUCCUUGAAAUUUUGAAGAGUGCCAAACAAGAAUAUUUGAUUAUUUUCAGUUCAACAAACAUUUACCAUUAAUCGCUAAUUUGUAACAUUUGUUUUUUUUUUAUUUCUUCAUGUUUGCUUUUAUAUAAUAAAGUUCUUAAUGUUUGACAAAAAUAUGUGUUUAAAUAUACUUGUUAUACAUCCCUCAUUAUUUCGAUAGCUGUGACUUGUGAAUAAGUUGUAAUAACGGAGGAUGUAAUGUAAAUUAUUAUCUGCUGCCGUUUGUAUAUAUGUAUAUACAUAGUAUACAAUGUAUACAUACAGCGAAGAUAAAAGUUAAAUCUGUACACGAAUAUUUGUAUUACUAUUCAUUCAAGAAGUUGUCGUUGUGUAGUUUCGAAUACCCAGUUUGAAACUGAAAUAAAUUGACAUGUUCUUUAAUAUA